CGGAUCUGUCGUCACGCAGUGGGCGGGCUCUCUCUGACAGGAGGAAGAAGGUUUGUGACUGGCAGCGGCAUCCAGCCCUGAAAGCCGGCUCUUCUUUCUGCUCCUCUUUCUUUAACCUCUCGGAUCUAUGGCGUCCAAAGGGAUGAACCUCUGCAACGUGUGCUGCCUGCUCCUGUACGCCAUCACGGCGGUGCUCGCGGGGAGAGAUUUCUACUCCAUCUUGGGGGUGACCAAGAGUGCAUCAAUCCGGGACAUCAAGAAGGCCUACAGAAAGCUUGCUCUGCAGUUACACCCCGACAGGAACCAGGACGACCCGAAAGCCCAGGAUAAAUUUGCAGACUUGGGGGCAGCUUAUGAGGUACUUUCAGACGAGGAGAAAAGGAAACAGUAUGACGCGUACGGAGAAGACGGACUCAAAGAGGGUCACCACGGCUCGCACAACGACAUCUUCUCCAGCUUCUUCGGUGACUUCGGGUUCAUGUUCGGAGGAAACAGACAGCAGCAGGACCGGAACAUCCCCAGAGGAAAUGACAUCAUACUAGACCUGGAGGUCACGCUGGAAGAGGUGUACUCUGGGAACUUUGUGGAGGUCGUUCGUAACAAACCCACCGCCAAAGAAGCUCCGGGUAAGAGGAAAUGUAACUGCAGGCAGGAGAUGAGGACGACGCAGCUCGGGCCGGGACGCUUCCAGAUGACUCAGGAGAUGGUGUGUGACGAGUGUCCAAAUGUGAAGCUGGUGAAUGAGGAGAGAACCUUGGAGGUAGAGAUAGAGCAGGGAGUGAGAGAUGAGAUGGAGUAUCCUUUCAUCGGAGAAGGUGAGCCGCACAUCGACGGAGAACCAGGAGAUCUACGCUUCAGGAUCAAAGUCUUAAAACAUCCUGUGUUCGAGCGCAGAGGAGACGACCUCUACACCAACGUCACCAUCUCCCUGGUGGAGGCGCUGGUCGGCUUCAAGAUGGAGAUCGCACAUUUGGACGGACACAAGGUCCACAUAGAGAGAGAUAAGGUGACGAAGCCCGGAGCUCGGAUGUGGAAGAAAGGAGAAGGUCUGCCAAACUUUGACAACAUCAACAUCAGAGGUUCGCUCAUCAUCACCUUCGACGUGGAGUUUCCUCAGACGCAGCUGGACGAUCAGCAGAAAGACGGUAUCCGCGGCCUUCUGAAGCAGGGAUCUGUACAGAAAAUUUACAAUGGACUACAAGGAUACUAACACACAUACAGACACAGCCUGGACUGAGUUAUCUGCCACAUUAACACACACACAUACAUACUCACACACACACACUCACUCACACUCACUCACACAGGAGGGCCAGGGUGUAUUUAUUAUUUUCAGAUGUUCUCAGGACGGCUCGAUCCCCCUUUAGUUCUUUUUGAAUGUUCUGCAGGUCGACGGCAGCGACUCAUGAACUCUGAAGUUUUAUUUAAAGUGAACAAAAGAAAAAGAUGUUCUUUUUGUCCUCUUUUAUUUUCUUUACUUUGAAUCAAGGCCUUUUUGUUUUAGUCUUAAUAUUUUGGACUCAUUUUUCUGUCUGGGAGAAGAGGACACUGACGCCCCGACAUCUUUAAAAACACCUUCAAACCUUUGAGACGGGAGUCUCUUCAUUUGGGUUCAUUUCUGAAUGUAAACACCCCUCAGUUGAUGAAACGCUGAUUCUGCUUCAUGCUCGUGAAUACUUUGUAAAUAGGGAAGAUCAAAUCUCAUCCGUUUGUUGUGUUUCAGUUUUCCUAAGUUAUGUGACGGGGAGCCUGUCACUGUUGAUGCAGAAUCCUUGGCUGUGACAGGAGUUGACCUCUUGAAUAAAACAGUGACGUUUUGUUAAUUUGGAGACACGGGGACAGUUUGCACAUCCUCCAUCACCUUUGAGUCUCUCCCUCUCCAGGAAGAGAACCUCCGACUGAAAGGGACUCCAGACCUGGAAGUCUCGGCCUCCUGGUGCUUUUUAAAACCUGGUUUUAGGACUCUCCUUCCCUCCCUUUUUUCUUUCUGUCGACUGCAAAGCUGCCUCUAAAUUUUAUGAGAAAGUCCUCAUGGCCUUAAAUGUGAAAUAUCCGGCCAUUUUUACUGAGUGUUCGAGGGGAAUGAUGUACUUUUGACGGACAUAAAUAAAGAUUUCUACAAAUUCUGA